AUGUGGAAUCUUCAGGCUCGCUAUUGUAUAUACAACUGCCCCGGGUACACGUUUUCAAAAUAUAUCUCCAAUUUCAUUCCUAAAUCUCUCUUGGAUGCAUGCGAUAUAGAAUUGCUCUUGCACGGAGACCGCAUUCACCUAGAAUCGCACGCAACAGAUCUCGCACAGCGGUGGAAUCGACUCGAAGGGGAUCCGGAUGCACGGCUCCGAUUCAUCGAGACACAGAAAGCCAAAGUUGAAGAAAUCAACCGAUUCGCCCCUUUGUGGAAGGAGUGGGCCAGUGCUAGAGCCAAAGCCAGAAAAAAUGAAUUGAAGCGAAUGCGAGAGAAAACAUUGCAAUCGGCUGUUGAAAGACUGCGCUUAAUGGGUUGGAAGGACGAACUCAACCGCCUGGCGCAAACGGAUUACGCACCCCUUCGUCAGCACAACGCAUUGCGAAACCGGUUCAAAAUGACUGAUUGUAUUUGGGAUAAUAUCAGUGACAAGCUUGUCGAACUCCUCCAGGACAUUCAAGAUACCCGCCUCCGCGACGACCGCAGGAGGGUCCUGCGCGUACGACUGGCGGCGCUAAACGGCCUCAUCUCCAGCUACUACGCGAAUCCCCUCAGAACGGCCGAAACAGAGUACAAGCCGCACUUCUGCGACUUCAUAUUUAUGCCAGAGAUCAGGGAAGUCAUUGAGUCGUCCAACGAGGCCGAACUUGGGCCGCACUGUGAAAACGCGCUACGCGUACUACUCCCCACUUUGAUCGCGCGCUGGGAAGCGCAGACAAGGAGGAAGCUGACGAGGCUGCUGCAGCCCUCAGCCCGGAGCUCCAAAGGCACUGACGUCCUCGAGCUGGCCGUCACGCACUUCACCUGUACCGAAUGCCAGUGUCUGCUGCCCUAUCCGGAGGUCCUCGCGCACCCCUGCCUGCGCCAACUCCGACCCCAACCUCGACCCCGGGACAAAUCUCGGUGUAGCCACCCUUUUCCUAAGGAGGACAUGGUCUAUGAGAUCUCUACCUGGGAGAUCGGUGUAAUGAGGGAGCCCUGGAACAGCAGCGCGCUCUGCGUACCGGACGCUCCAUUCGAGGAGCACUUGCGCAAUGUCAUCGCCCUCAGCGGCCGUGAUCCCGCCUCGGUCACGCGCAGAGAGCUGGACGCUCUGGACGUCCACCUUGUGCAUCGAAACAAGAAGCAGUCUCGGCUCAUUCCCCUACGUGCGGUGAUAAACUUUGAAUGGGAACGCUUCAAGGCCCUGGCGUGGCUUGCCGCAUUUCAUGCCAUUAAUUCGAUCACGGUGGAUCACGGUGCAGGAUAUUCAAACCCUAGGCUCUCGAUGAGCAUCUCCCUUUAUGUCGACAGGGACAGCAGACAAUACCCGACGAUAGUCCAUCGUGAGAUAGAGCAGGGUAGUACGAUGUACCUUAUGUAUGUACACGCGUACUGCCUGAAGUCUUUCCUCAUCGAUAACAACACAUACUUCCCGUUGAGCUCGGAAUAUAGCCACCAAGGACCUAAGGAGUCAAAGGGGGCCAAGAUCGUGCAGGGUUGCGCCCACACAAUCCGCAGUGUUGAACUGCAUAAACGGCGAUCACAGCAUGAAUGUCCGCCCAUGGCCCCCCUGACAGCAGGCGCAAUGCCCGAUGUAACGACGACGCAGAUCGGAUCCACAAUGCACGCAUUCGAAUCAUAA